UUUCUUGUUUUCAUCAAAAGCUAUUUGAAAGUUUAUAAGAUAGUGUAAGCAAAUAAGAAGAAGCUAUGAACGAGGAUGGCCUUCUUAGAUCUCCCUUUCAUGUUCAAGGCGUUCCGGUUUAAUAGACUUGUAGUUGGAGAUGGAAGGAGAAGGAAGAAGAAGAAACCAUCAUGGUUAACUCCGGUUUCUCACGGAUACUAUACCGUUGACCGGUCAAGCUAUACCGACAAUUCAUCGAAUGAAGAUUUGGUUUUCGUACAGAGAGAGCAGCAAAAUGAAGAGCUUGAGGUUUGGUUAUUUGGAGUUUCAAAUUCUGAAACAGGGAAAGAGAUGGUCAAAUAUAUGCAAAACCAUUUAUUUGAUAAGCUUCCUAGUGAGCUCGGAAUUAUGAGAAAGUGUAAAGAGACUAUGAGAAGAGCAUACGCUGAGGACGAGAGAACCGGUGGCUCAGCUGCUUUGGUGGCCGUGGUGAAUGGAGAGAAGGUAGCUCUGGCGAGUAUAGGCGGCCAUAGAGUGGUGGUUUGUAGAGACGGCGAGGCUUAUCAAAUCAGAGAUAAGAAUCGGAGAUACUUAACAAAAAAUUGGUCACAACUUCUCUUUCCAGUAUGUAAACAAGGAGAAACAGAAGAUGAAUCAGAUCCAAGAAAUUCAGAACUUGUAGUUGUUACAGAAAAUAUUAAUUCAGAUACAGAGUUUAUCAUUAUUGGUAGCUAUGGGAUUUGGGAGGUGAUGAAGAAUCAAGAAGCGAUUAACCUAAUCAGACACAUAGAAGAUCCUAAAGAAGCUGCAAAAUGUUUAGCUGAAGAAGCUUUAAACAGGAUUAGCAAAAGCAGUAUUUCUUGUGUUGUAAUCCGGUUCGACUAAACCUGUUUGGAGAGCAUUUUCUGAAAUUCAAAGUCAUUAUCUUAAUCAUCCCUUAAUCGUCAUAAUAAUCUCCAACAGAAAACAAAAUUAAUUCAAUGAAAUCAUACUUUCUAUGAAGAACAUCAACGAGAUUCUCCAAUAGUCCACUGUAUGGAACGAUGCCUCAGCUAUUUUCGUCAUCGUUUUAGCGUCUGGUGAAGUAGGAUCAUCACUUGUAACCUCUUCUACUAACCUAAGAAUUAGAGAGUUCAAUAUAGUCAUCAUAAUUGGUUAGCUAAUUAUGUUCUUAGUAAAGUCUCACAGCUCAACUUCGGUAACAUCGGUGAGGACAAGUCUAGCAACAUUGUACUCGUCUUUAAGAAACGAAGAGGCUUGUUUCUUGA